CUCCCAACCGGCCAUCUCUCGCCCGCGGCCUGACCUCUCCUCGACCUCCAUCCUCCAAACUUCACAGCAAUGGCUGCCUCUAGGCUUUUCCGACCUACCUCGCGCCUGCUGUCAGCUUCGCGGCCAGCCCCAGCUUUCCGACCUGCGUUUCGCGCAACAGCUGCGAUCCCGUCAAUUGCGAGGAGAGGAUAUGCGUCGUCUGGCGGAAAGGAGAUGACGGUGCGAGAGGCGCUGAAUGAGGCGAUGGCCGAGGAGAUGGAGGCGAACGACAAGGUCUUCGUGCUGGGAGAGGAGGUUGCACAAUACAACGGAGCGUAUAAAGUCACAAAAGGCCUCCUCGACCGCUUCGGAGAGAGGAGAGUAAUUGACAGUCCCAUUACCGAGUCCGGUUUCGCUGGUCUCUGCGUGGGCGCUGCUCUGACUGGACUCCACCCUGUCUGCGAGUUCAUGACCUUCAACUUCGCAAUGCAGGCCAUUGAUCAGAUCAUCAACUCCGCCGCAAAGACACACUACAUGUCCGGCGGUAUCCAGCCCUGCAACAUCACGUUCCGAGGACCGAACGGUUUCGCCGCCGGUGUCGCUGCGCAACAUUCUCAGGACUACACAGCGUGGUAUGGCAGCAUUCCGGGUUUGAAAGUGGUCGCCCCAUACAGCGCAGAAGACGCAAAGGGUCUGUUGAAGGCGGCUAUCCGCGAUCCCAACCCGGUCGUUGUCCUUGAGAACGAGCUUCUGUACGGGCUAACUUUCCCCAUGAGUGACGCUGCGCAGAAGGACGACUUUGUCAUUCCUUUCGGCAAAGCCAAGAUCGAGCGCCCCGGAAAGGACCUCACCAUCGUUACUCUCUCCCGUUGUGUCGGCCAGUCCCUCGUCGCCGCAGAAAACCUGAAGAAGCAAUAUGGCGUCGAAGCCGAAGUCCUCAACCUCCGCUCAAUAAAACCGCUCGACGUCGAAGCCAUCGUCAACUCGGUUAAGAAGACUGGUCACAUGCUCUGUGUGGAAUCUGGCUUCCCGUCCUUCGGCGUUGGCGCUGAGAUCAUGGCUCUUACCUGCGAAUACGCCUUCGACUACCUGGAUGCGCCUCCGGCCCGUAUUACUGGUGCGGAGGUACCGACGCCGUACGCGCAGAAGCUGGAGGAGAUGGCGUUCCCGCAAGAGGACCUCAUAACUUCGUACGCUGCAAAACUGCUGCGGGUGUAAGGUAGUGGGCUGUGAUGUGGCUUGAAGAUUUGGAAUUCGCGCGUUUCCCUUGAGGUUAGAGACUGGGGCCAAAUAUUGUUCAGGAGCUGAGCUAGCAGACAUGGCGCUUGAUUAUGUAUCAAAAUCUUAGUUUUUAUACGGGUGUCAGCGGGGAGCAUUCUGCAUGUACAAGUACUUCUAAUGCUUCAGUUCUGAUAGGGAUUUUCACUUGUUUAGUGCGAGAAUAGAGCAGACCGGACCAGUCGGUCAGUCAGUAAUCA